UGUUUCGCUCUAGGAGGCCUCGAGUGUACUAGUCUUUGAAAAUGUGUAGAUAAAAAUUUAAUUAGGUACUUAAUAUACAACAAAAAAAGAUGAUUUCGAAUAGAAUUGUAAAGUUUCACAGACAUAAAUCAUAUUUACUCUUUGUAAGAAAUGCAAGUGCUACACAGGAAUCGAAGUCUAUCCAGCCUCCUAACCCGAGGAGAAUUAGCACAGAUAUGGUAGGCCCGCCAGAUCCUGUCUCUAAUCUUCGAAAAGUAAUUUUUAGAAUUCCACCCAAUGAAACAGAGCUAGAAAAAAGGUACAGAGAAAUGAGAGCUGAAGUUCAAGAAUGGAACCAAAAAUUUUGGGAGAAACAUAACUCUAGAUUUUACCAGGAAAGGGAGGAAUACUUAAAGAAGAAUAUGCCGGUAGACAAACAGAACUUGACAGCAGAUGAAAUGAGUGUUUUCUACAAAGCAUUUCUUGAUAAAAAUUGGAAGUUACAUUUAAAUUAUAACAAGGAAUGGUACAAAAAAAACUUCAGCCUACUAAGACUAGCAAUAAGAGUAAAAUUAAGUAAACUAUUUAGAUUUAAAGACUAGGACCUAUUAGUACAAUAUCAGA